AUGGCUGAUCUACAAGCUGAUGAGGCGCCUUCCGCAGAACCUGUGAAACUUGUAUACGAUCCUUUAACGGGAGUGCCCUCUGAGUUCAACCAAUACCUGCCAAAGGAUUGCGAGGAGUACAAACGGUGGAAAGCAGCACAGGCAGGUGGAGCAGCUGGUGCAGUCGCAGACCUCACCUUGAAAGACAGGCAUGGAGAUGUCAUUGAAAAGCAGCUUCCAGGCGGCAAGGUCAAGAAGAAAGCCAAGAAUGAGGUGGUGCUGGAGACAAACACCAGGAGCAAGAAAAAAUGUGUCACCACCAUCCUAGGGCUAGAAACUUUUGGAGUCAAACUUGCUGAGGCGGCCAAGCUUUUUGGGAAGAAGUUUGCCAGCGGAGCAAGCAUCACAAAAAACCCCAUGGAAAAAGACCAAAUUGAGGUGCAAGGGGACUUUGUGGACAAGGCAGCUGAGCUCAUAGCCAAAACAUACAAGGACAAGGGCAUUGAGAAAAAACACAUCUACGCAGUUGUGGACAAGAAGAAGAGCCGUUACUUUGACGAUGAAUCCGAUGAGGAUUGAGAUUUCUCAGCGGGAUGCAUGUCAGCCGGGUGCAUUGUAAUAUUGCUGAUGUGCUGCUCUUCUGCCUUACACCUCGAUCAUCUUGCAAGCUAAGGCUUGCAUGCAGCUGACCAGUUGCUGGCAUGCGUGUGCCGGCGCUGCCACUUGCUCAUGUUGUCAGAAUGAACGGUGCCUUCGAUCAAGCCUCAAUUCGCUGGCCAUGCGCGCAUGUGGUCCCUGUUGAACUUGGGAACAUCACCGUUGAAAGCUUUAAUAAGAAGCAGUGCAAGCAAGAGUAGGCAUCGG